AAUCCUCAUGUAUUUGUGAACUGACCGCCAUAUUACCUCAAACUUCGAGGGAAGUGACGACUAUCUGAGACAGAAGUUUGAUGAAUAUAUCUCCGUUGCUCUGUCUUGUGUCAAGUACGCCGAUUUCAUGUUGAAGGAUCAGAAUAACGGUGUUAUGAUCUCUGACAGUUUGGGUGAUCCUAAUUCGGUGAAUGACUUCAAUAUGUUUUGGAUAUCUGAAUUCAAGAAGACCAAUGCGUACGAAGUCCGGAUUAGGGUGAUUGAUCCAGUGCUCUUCGAUAUCGUCGAACCUCGGCAUCCAUGCGGCGAACAUCCGUUUGUCGUUGCAGAUAUUGGACUUCAUCUAUCGGAGGGAAUACAAGAACUCAAGAUAGACCAGCAAUUAGCACCAGCGCGCGAAGCUGUCACAAACGUUGACCGCCGGAUCCACGGGUUUCCUCAACGCCGUGGAGGGUGUUCGCGGACGAUGGGUGCAACAUUCUGCAAGUUCGUCAUCAAGUACCAAUUCAAUGGGUGAAGCAACGAGCGCGACAAGCAGUACUGUCGAGGUCAAUAAGCGUCCGAGAUAUCA